AUGGUGGAAAAGAUUCAAGGAGAAAGCAGGAGCAGGAAUGGAAGAGCUGAGAAGGAUGGUGCUGGUAACAAGGAGGAUUCUUUGGUGGGUGUGAACUCGUAUGGUCGAAAGACGUGGAAUCAGAAGGCGUAUGCCAAACUAGCGUAUGAAAAUAGAAGGAAUCGAUUUAAUAACAGCAAUGAUAAUAGCAAGAUUGACGAUGGUGGUCAAUUGAAGAACAAAAGAGUUGAGAUCAAUUUUGAGACAAAUUUAAAUAAACAGAUCUUAACGGAUCAAUCUAAAUCACAGACGUCUCACAAGGGGAAACUAGUUGGGUUUUAUUGUGAAUCGUGUAAUUUGACGUUUAAAGACAAUUUAUCAUUUUUAGAUCAUAUUAAUUCCAGCUAUCAUUUGAACAAGACUCGAAACCUAGUAUUGGACGAUAAGGAAAGACAGAAGAUUAGAAACAUUACGGCUGAAGAUGUCAGGAAUAAGAUUGAAAAAUUGUAUGAACUAAGUUUAAGAAAACAAAAAGAGGAAAAUGAUGGUGAGUAUUUAAAAUUCAAUGCCCGGAUUGAGAAAAGGAGAUUAUUUUUGGAGAAUGAAAAAACGAAGAAGAAAAUGAAGAGAUUAAAGAAAAAAAAAGAACUUGAACAAGUUGGGGAAAAUGCUGAUAGUAAUAGUUAUAAUGAAGGGCACGAAAUGAGUUCGAUAUUUAAUUUUAGCGGAUUUGGUACAACAAAAAAACAUUAG